AUGGAGACUGGCGGCGGUGACUGCGUCUCUCGCGGGGCAGGCCAAGACCUCGUUGCCGUCGUUUUCGAGGUUCACGGUCGGGUGCAAGGAGUUUUUUUCCGCGUUCACACUCAAGAACAUGCCCAACACCUAGGACUUACCGGGUGGGUUCAGAACAUGCCGGGGGGCACUGUGAAGGGGGAGGCUGAAGGCCCAAGUGCCCAAGUUGAGAAAAUGCUUCACUGGCUGCGACAUGUAGGCAGUCCACAAAGCCGGAUCGACCAACUGGACAUUCUUGAGAAGAAGUCGAUAGCGCAGCGAAACUAUUCGUCGUUCGAAAUAAUUCGAAAGAAGCGUGCGUGA